AUGGAAGCGCGUAGUGGUGUAAAAUCGAACUGUUCUCUCUGGACAUCACUGUUCGCGGAUAAUGGUGUUGUUAACUCACCUGUUGGCGAUACGCCGAUUGUUGGAACAGAAGCUAUACGACGUCACUGUGAUCAAUGGAAUCAGUUACUUGGACCGCAAGGAAAUGGAUGGUAUCCACACGAUUUAUGGUCAGGCAAUAAUAUGGUUGCUUUUACAGCAACUAUCAGAGCUGUUAAUGAAGGUGGUUGCACGGUUAAUUUACAAGGAAUAAUUACACUCGAAUUCAAUGAUCAAGUAAGAGUCAACUUCGACUAAUAUUCUUUUUAUAUCCUAACUGAAUUGAUCAAUUAAUUUUAGCUCAAAGUUACAGAAUGGAAUCA